UUAUCUCUGACUUCCCCUUCGAUGGUCUUCUGGAGGAGCGGGCCCUGCUUCUGGGUGGAUGGGGAAACACGAACAGGCCCUCUUCAUCUACGUACGCGUCCUGAAGGACACACACAUGGCCAAGGAGUACUGUCACCGGCAUUAUGACAAAGACACAGACAGAAACAAAGAUGUGUACCUGUCUCUGCUACGCAUGUAUUUGUCCCCUCCUGAUGUCCACUGCCUUGGACCAAUCAAAAUGGAGCUGUCGGAGCCACAGGCCAAUCUAAAGGCAGCUCUACAUGUCCUGGAGCUGCACCACAGCAAGCUGAAUACCGCUAAGGUAGACUGCACCACAGCACGCUGAAUACCACUAAGGUAG